AGAGCCAAUGAAUUAAAAGGUUACCAUGUUAAACCUCGGGAUGGGUUCAUACGAGUUGAACUACAUUCCUCAUAUUUUCCCUACGUGGUGCAGUGUCACUUGUGUUUUACAUGUAUGGGGGAUAAUGGUAUUUUUUGUAGAAUUAAUAAGUCCUAGGUUUCUUCUACUGUGAAUUUUGUCUUGGAUUUGAUUUUGCAUGAUUCGUCUUAAACUGAGCCCCAGGAGGAUUUGUAGAGAGUCAUACAUUUUUGUGGGUUAUUUAUGGUAAACGAAAGCUACCCGGUACUGUACGUGCUCAUGGUAGGCUAUCCAUACCAGUAAGCUACCAUACCACUGGAAUUUGUCUUUAUGUUGCUAAAUAAAGAACAGAACCUCAUUCAUAAUGCAGUAUAUGCCACUUUAAAUCUACAAAUACUGUAUGCAACUGAUGGAUUUACAGAGAAAUUUUUUUUUCAUAUACAUUAGGUAACAUGGCUAAUGGCAUGUAGUGACUUGUUGGAGUCUUACAGGUCACUCACUGUAUGACCAAUUGUGGUCUUUUAAGUCACUCAUUGUGUGACCUGUUGGGGUCUUGCAGGUCACUGUUAGCCUUAGACAAGACAGUGGGUGUUUAAGGCGGUGGAUUCUCACAGAUUACAGUACUUGUUUAUUACUGUUGGCCCUAAAAUGGAAAUUUAUUCUUUAAUCCUUUCUGAGUUUGUCUUAUUUGUGUUAAUAGCUUUUUCAUCCAUGUAGUUAUUCAUGUAGUACAGGAGUUGACAUAAUGGCCUUACUCAAAGAUAGCUAAUUUUCUUGCAGGAAUUUGUAAGGACCCAGUUAGGAUCAUUUGACUACCUGUGUAAACACCUCUAAAUAUGCAUUGUCUACUGUAUAUAUAUAUACUGGAAGGCAUUUUGUGUACAGUUAAUGAGGCAUGGAUGCAUGUUACUUAUAUAUCAGUUAUGGGUCAUUUGAACUACGUAUAUUGCUUUAAUUGUAGAACUAAACCGAAUGUGCAUGCGGGGCCCAGGCUGUAGCUACUGUACUUAUUACUCUACUGUAUUCUCAAAAAGCAAUGUUUUCAAGUUGCUUUCUUUGCCUUUUGAAUGAAGAAAUUUAGACACUUAUUAGUUCAUAAGUUUAUUACAUUGAAUGGGACUUUUUCUGGUCCAUGGCAUCUGACUUAUGACCUGCACAAUAACCUCUGGGUCAGUCACACACUUGGACCUCUAGAAUGUGUCAGUCCCCAGAGAAUGUUCUUUGCUUGGCUGUGGGAACAUUAUCCUGACAGACACAGUGAAUACAUUACCAGUGAAUCCCUGCACAUUUAAUACAGUAUAUCCUCUAGCUAUCUCGGGGACCAACGGGGAAAUCCAUGUGGAAACCCCAACUCUAAAUAACCUAGAACACAUGAGUCCUGUAAGCAUCCUAAUAAACAAAUAAAAUUUCAUCAGUUUAUAAUUCAUAAGUGUAACUUCUAACUUGAGUUGGCUUUAAUAUACAGUAUAUAUUUUUUACUGAGAUGUAAUUUAAUUAUUUUGUUUGAGAAGGGGAAAGAGUAGAUGGAGAUGUUUGGGGUUCCAGAAAAUAUUACAUUUGGUUUAUAGGGUUCCUUGGCCAAGAAGAGGUUGGGAACCACCAACCACCCUUGUAUAGUGUAUCCUUGAACACAGUCUCAGCUCUCUGGUGUCACCCAAACUGUCGAGACAUUCCAGCAGUAGUGUUGUAAACUGUCAGCCCCCAGUAUAGUGAUGUAGAAUAUAUUGAAAUUGAAAAACAUUAUUUAGCUAGGAAAAUACAAAGUGACCUAUGAAAAAAAUACUGUAUUGAAAUGGCUGAGCCGAGUGAGAACUGUGACACUCUUAGUAGCACCUGAGAAUACUGUACAAUUAUCUCAAGGAAAUUAUUAUACAGUGAAGCCCCCAUAUCCAGCAACCAUGGGAUGACCUCCAAGCUGGAUACAGUAGCUGUAGGAAAUUACCAUUGUUUAGAAGGUGGCAUUUCUUAUGUACUUGUAAUAGGUUACCGAUACACUGUGUACUUGUACCUAGCAGGUGCUCCUCUUCUUACAAACAAGUUACAUUCUUGGGGAUUGUUCAUAAGUCCAACUUUACUCUUGUAGAUAAUGAAUAUGUAAAUAUAUAUCAAAACGCAAGGAAUAUUAUGGCAAAUGUAAAGUAACGGCCUACACAGUAAGCCAAAAGGCUAAAGCAAACUCAACUUCCUGUACCUCCUUUCCCAGCUUUUGUAAAACAUACCACAUACCUUUUUUAUGUUAUUUAACAAUUGUGCUAUUUCAAGCAACUUUUGUAUAUUAUCUGGAUGAAAAAGUGCAGCUAAAACCAUUGAGGAAAAGUUAAAUGAAAGUUUAACACAGUCGUCAUUUGCAUAGACACUGGCUGCUUGGCUUCAAAGCUCAUCAUAACAAUGCAGCCCAGCUGGGAUGAUGUCUCUGCCUACCCCUUAGCAACAGGGCUAACACACUGUGGUGUGUUAAUCUUACCUAUGUUCAUAUCAUUUACUAUUUUUUCCCUCAUAUCUAUUCGCAAACUUUUACACAGUGCAGUAUAGCAAACAAAGUUCUUAAAUUACCUCCAUAACCUCCUAAGGGACUUCUAAGGAGAUAUUUGAUCCCCCCUCCCAGUAAAAAGUAAAGAGAGUGACCACAGCCGCUGACAUGGAAGGAAAUAUCUCGAGUGGACAGAUUGACACAACAGAUGGAACCAAUGGUAUCGUGAACAUGACGGGGCUGGAGGUGACGGAGGGUCGGCUAACGAGGCGGCGGGGAGGACGGAGGCUUGGGCAGAUGAUAAUCCAUUGUAUACGAACAUUGAUUCUUAUCCUUAUGUAUUAUACUUGCUCCAUCGGCCUCACAUUUUACCAGAAGAGGUUAUUCCGGGAUUUCAAGUUUCCUCUAACAGUAGUAAUAGUACAUCUCUUCAUAAAGUUUGUCCUGGCCGGGCUGUUCCGGGUAACAUACACUCUGGUAACAGGUAUCCCAAGAGUCACACUUCCCUGGGACAUUUACUGGAGAAGGGUUUUACCUCCUGGGGCUGCUGCAGGCAUUGAUAUUGGCCUCUCUCAGUGGUCCCUUGAGUUCAUCACUGUAGCCUUAUACACGAUGUCCAAGUCUACAGCCCUCUUAUUUAUUUUAAUAUUUGCUAUUAUCUUCAAAUUAGAGGAAAUGAGGUGUAGCGUGGUGGUGCUAGUGGUACUCAUUACCGGGGGUCUCUUCCUCUUCACCUACAAGUACACGCAGUUUAACCUCUUCGGGUUCAUUCUGGUCAUCAUAGCGUCUUUACUCAGUGGUUUGCGGUGGACAUUAUCCCAGUUAGUGAUGCAGAAGUCUGAGCUGGGAUUAAGUAACCCUAUUGACAUGGUAUAUCACAUUCAGCCGUGGAUGACUGUUUCUCUUCUCCCAUUGGCUAUCAUCAUGGAAGGCACAGCGAUAGCAGCGAGUGAAUAUGGAUUCAGAUUUACUGAUUCAUCCGAUGCUUUACAUAUGUGGGGCAGAGUCAUGUUUGGGGCGGUCCUUGCCUUCUUCAUGGAGGUGUCUGAGUACCUCGUCGUCUGUUUCACGUCUUCACUCACGUUUUCUAUUGCCGGUGUGGCCAAGGAGGUCAUGACUCUGUCCCUGGCCGUCUAUAUUUACAAUGAACAUCUAACUUCUAUCAAUUUAAUGGGAUUCUUGCUAUGCAUUAUCGGCAUUGCGCUUCAUGUGGUCCUGAAGGCCAUAUAUCCCCCCAAACCUCCCCCGCCUCAGCAACAGCACAUCUCAUUAUCUCCAGCAGAUGGCUACCAGAAAGUACCCUUGUUAUCUGAUACUGAUGGUGAAGAGCAAGAACUUUAUUCAAGGGCACUCGAACAGUACAUGUUAAGACUGACGUGUACAGCCACCUACAAAAGUCCUGUCGCCUCUCCUGAACCACAAUCCUUGAGAUUCAGACUCGUGAAUCUGAAGCAUUCAUGGACAGAAUAAUGCUUAAAUUUUUACUGCUUCAGGUUCACGAGUCUAAAUCUCGGGGUUUGUGAAACAGCAGGAGAAAUGACGGGACUUAAGUGGGUGACGGAACCUAAUAUGAUCAUCUGUCUAAAAAAAUUUUUUCGACUAACAUAGUUACUGUUUGUAAGUUGUUACAGUACAUUGUUCCUAUUUCAAACUUUGCCACUUUUAGAAGUUUUAUAUGAAGUUCACUUUCACUUACAGCUCAUUGGAUUAGAUUGAACCUUAUGGCAUCUUUUUGUCAUUAAUGUCCCCAGAUGUAAGAUUUUGAAAUACUGUACCAGAAUUUGUUGAGAAUAUUGUGUGACACCAUUUAUCUCUGAAGUGAAUAGUAAUCAUAUACAUUGUAAUUAUUUUAUUUGUUCAGGUUUCAUUUCUGUUUAUUACCAGUCUGGGGAUAUAAAACAGAAUUGAGGCUUUGCUGUUAUAUAUGACUGAAGUUAAGGCAUUGGUAUUUUAGAGGCAAGAGCAAAUAUUUCUUUGGAGGUUUUAUUGUGUUCAGAAGGGGGAGUUUCGACUUCUGCAAUGUAUUAUUUUGAAUGGUGAAUAAAUAUUAGAGCUUACGUAAAAGGUACCUUUACAGCUUCUGCAUCAUAACUCCCUAAAUUUGGUUGAAAACAAAUGGAAAUAAGAACUUUAUGCUGGUGCAUUAUAGAACUUGUCAUCAAAAUUAGAACUCUCUGUAUGUAUUUUGGGGAAAUUACAGGUGAUUCACUCUGGUAGUCUUACCUUUAUUUAUAACAGGCUGUACUGUACUCUGUUCAUGUUUGGUGUAUAGUUUAAUAAAGGUUUUAAUGUUUUCUCUGGUUUAUUCAUAUAACUAGAAUAAAGAAUUUGAUGGUAAAAUUCUGUGACUACCAGGGAGUGAAUCACCUUCGUGUCUAGUUCCUACUGUUUUUCAUGUAAAUAUAGUCUGUUUAAGAUGAAAUUAAAGGCUUAAAAAAAUGAUUAUCCGGGUAUAUAAAAUAUUGAGGCCUUAAAGAACCGGGAAAUAUCCUGAAUGAUAACGUCGGAAUUUGUAUCUGAUGAAACAAACGGUGAAACAUUCCAGAAAACUGACCUUUUGCUAAAAGUUCUACUUUAACUUCUUACUUGUUAACUUUAUCUUCCUCACUGGAAACUGUUUAAUUAUGAGUAUCUUUCAAAUAUUUCUUUUGGUGCUGUGAUGCUCAUAGUCUAUUAUACAGUAUAUGGUAUUUUGUGUAGCUGAUUGUGUGUCUGUCUUAAUGACACAGUGCAUUCCAGACGGGCUACGGUGACCCUUAAUAUUAUUUUUAUACAGAUUGCUGAAGACUAUAUAUGUGAUGUACAUUAUUGACGUUGAUCAGUCACUAAGACUUUUUUACGACUGAAAAUAGUCUUCCUCUUAGUAGUGUUGGUAUUAGGAGUUUUGUGGGAGAUGUGUUUUUUAUGAAUAAAGAUUAUGGUUUGA